AUGAAUAAAGAGGUUGUUGCACCUGUGCUUAUGUUUGUUAAGGAAUUAUCUUCUUCUCAUCCAUUUUGUUUCCUCCUCAAAGCAAAUCCAGUCAUUCAAUCGGAGAAGGAAAAGGUUUAUGUGAACGGGAAAUUCUGCAAGGAUCCAAAACUUGUAACUGAAAACGAUUUCUUCUAUGCGUCCGGGCUCAAUACACGAAACACUUCCAAUCAACUUGGUUCGGCUGUCAGUUUUGUCACUGUCAAUGAAAUUCCAGGGCUCAAUACUCUUGGCUUAGCCUUAGGUCGUGCUGAUUAUGCACCAAAUGGUGGUCUAUUCCCACUCCACACGCACCCCCGUGGCACCGAAACGCUAUUAGUUUUGGAGGGCACCCUCUAUGUUGGCUUUGUUACAUCGAACCCUGAUAAUCGACUAAUCAGCAAAGUGCUGAACCCAGGAGACGUUUUUGUGUUCCCCAUUGGACUCGUUCACUUCCAAAUAAAUAUUGGAAAGACAAACGCAGUUGCUUAUGGGUUUUUCAGUAGCCAAAACCCUGGUUUGAUUAUAAUUGCAAAUACUGUCUUUGGAUCCAAACCGCUCAUUAAUAUUAAUGUUCUCACCAAGGGCUUCCAACUGGACAAGAAGGUAGUGGAUUAUCUUCAGAAGCAGUUCGGGUGA